CGCUGAGUCCCUCGGACACAGCAGAUCACCGAUCAAUGGAAAGAGCCAAAGAUGUCAACUCGGUCAUGUGAUCAGCUGUGUCCAAUCACAGUUGAUCACAUAGGGGGCAUGUACACUGAUCAUCAGGGCACUGAUGAUCAGUGUGCCCUGAUGAUCAGUGUAGCUCCAGCAGUGCCACCUGUCAGUGUCCAUCAAUGCCAGCUGUCAGUGCUCAUCAAAUGCCACCUGCCAGUGCCCAUCAGUGCCACAUCAAUGCCACAUAUCAGUGCCCAUCUGAGCUGACUUUCAGUGUCACCUGUUAGUGCCAGUCAGUGCCACCUAUCAAUGCCAGUCAGUGCCACCUAUCAGUGCUACCUAUCAGUGCCAGUCAGUGCCGCCUUUCAGUGCUGCCUUUCAGUGCCCAUCAGUGAUGCCUGUCAAUGCCCAUCAGUGCCACCUCAUCAGUGCCCAUCAGUG